GACUGAUUCCAACUCCAUUAACUAAUACAGAGAGAAAAAAAAACACAUUCUCCAAACCAAUCUCUCCUUUCUUCAAACUCUCCAUAUAUUCACACAUUCAUAUCUCUCUCUCUCUCUCUCACCUCUUCUUCUUCUUCUCUCUAUGAGAUUAACCGAGAUAAAACCAGAAAAAGAGAGAGAAGCCAUGAGAAACAGCAUAAGAUGCUGCAUAUCUUGCAUCCUUCCAUGUGGAGCACUCGACGUAAUCCGCAUAGUACACUGUAACGGUAGAGUUGAAGAAAUCAGUGGCACUAUCAAAGCAAGUGAAAUCAUGAAAGCGUAUCCAAAACACGUCCUCAAGAAACCUUCUUCUUCUUCCUCACAAGACGCUGUUGUUCCUAAGAUCGUUGUUGUUCCUCCCGAUGCUGAGCUUCAGCGCGGCAAGAUUUACUUCCUCAUGCCUCUCCCUUCGCCUCCGCCGGAGAAAAACAGCCACCGCAGUGUGAAAAACUCUUCCAAUGGAAGAAAGAAAAGAAAGGAAGAUAACACUAACAGUAACAGCAACAGCAACAGUAACAACAACAAUAGUACUAUCACUACCAACAACAACAUUGGUAACAGUGCUUUGGUUGUGUCUUCUGAUCAGUACUUGACUGAGAUUUUGUCUGAGAAACUUUCUUGUCAGAGAGACAAAAGAAGAGGACGUGUUGCUGUGUGGAGACCUCACUUGGAGAGUAUUUCUGAGUCGCCGAAUCAUCUAUAACGGGUGUGUUCAUAGUUGAGGUGCACAUGGAAGGGUAAAAACAAUUGAGAGAAGAAAAUGGUCUUAAUUAAUUCUGUUUGUUUGGUUGUGGUAAAUCAGUUUUGGAUCAUAAUAGAAUGUGAUUGAGACAUGAUCCAU